AUGAUCCUCACAACCUGCGCCGCCUGCGCCGCCCCACUGGCCCACGACGCGCCGCGAUGCGUUAGAUGCCAUACCAGAUACUGCAACAAAACUUGCCAACAUGACCACUGGCGCCGCGGCCACAAGCAAAUGUGUAAGAAAAUACACCGCGGCGGCAACGCGGAGCAAUAUCACGCCGACAAAAAAUACAAGGAGGCCGUCGCGGUCGCGGUCGAGGCGUGCGCCGACGACACGAACGGCGAGGAAGAUUUUAGCACCCUCCGAGCAGCAAUCAACUACAUGGGGUCCCUUAUUCAACUUCAGCGCUCCGAAGAAGCCAAGGCAUUGUAUCGCAAAACGCUGCCCGUGGCGCGACGUGUUCUCGGCGAGAGUCAUGAGAUGACGCUCGGGAUGAGGACAAACUACGCAAUGGCCUUCUGCGCAGACCCCGCCGCCACGCUCGACGAUCUCCGCGAGGCCUUGACGAUACUCGAGGAGACGGCACGGACCGCGCGGCGCGUGUUCGGCGGAGCGCACCCGUCCACCCGUAAUAUUGAGGGCGGUCUACGACAGGCGCGAGCCCGCUUCGCGCUGCGCGAACUGCUCGGGCAAGCAGUACCAGGCGAACUUGCACCGCCCGAGCCGCAGCUCGCGGCCGCGGCGACGCCGUUCGCCGCCGCGUCGGCCAUCGCGGGCCACCUGGGCAUGGACCCGCAGGAAGCCAACGCUGCCAUUGAGGAGCUGUCGGAGCUGAAGGCGCGCGACCCCGAGGCCUUCGCCGAGCUUAUGCAGGCGGCGCUCUCGGGCGAGGGCGCCGACGCCGGGGACCAGGAUCCUUAA